UGGCAGUUAGUAUGCAUUUACUGCGUGCUCCCAUACCCUCCCCUCUCUCUCUCACUCGCACUUUCUCUCUCUUCAGUUCAACAGUGUUCGUCGUUUCCUCUCUCUAGAGUGGAGAUUUGGUUGUCCGUACGGGUCAGGAAUUUGUUUCUGAGACCGGAGCUUGAAGUUUCUGCUUGCAGUGAAGAAGUUUGCUGGCUAAGCUAGUACAGAAAGGGGCAAUGUUCAAUCCGUGUCCUACUCUGAAGAUUAAUUAAAUCAAGAAAUUCUUGUUGGGAGAAUACCCAAAAAAAGGGGGCGUGCCAAUACGAAAAAUUGGUUUUCUUGUGCAGUGUGGGGCUGAAAUGUAGCUUUGCAUCAGUUUGAACUCAACUGACUUCCUACAAAACUUGGAUUAAAAUUCUGGGUACAAGGGAUAGAGGGUUCACAUAGAUGUAGGGUUUUGGGUGUAAUUGAUCUGGAAGGAAAAGAAUUGGUGGUACACUUGCUAGUUGCUGCUAAUUAGGCCUGUCCAAUAGUGAGAUGUUGGAGACUGAAUCAUGCCCGUCACGGGUUUUAUCACCUUUCCGUGAGGAAAGCGGCGAUGAAGAGCUAUCUGUUCUCCCAAGGCAUACAAAGGUUAUUGUGACUGGCAAUAACAGAACAAAGAGUGUUUUGGUGGGGUUGCAAGGUGUCGUCAAGAAGGCUGUUGGGCUUGGUGGUUGGCAUUGGCUGGUAUUGAAGAAUGGCGUUGAGGUCAAGCUUCAAAGGAACGCUUUAAGUGUAUUAGAACCUCCUACUGGAAAUGAAGAAGAUGAUGAGUAUGACUUUGAUGAUUCUAGCAGUGGCUCUGAUACUGGUGACAAGGAGCACCGUCGCUUCUCUUCUGGAUUUCACUUUGGCAAGAUAAGCAAGCCAAGAGUUCGGUAUGCUAGGCCAUGGUUUCCAUCUGCAGCAUCCACAAAGUCAAUGAAUCGUAGCAGCUGCAGAGAAUUUCAGUCCAAAUCUCAUGCAACACAAUUGAGAGUGAACUUGGCAAAGCUUGGCACUGGAUCAUUGUGGAGAUAUUGGCGAAGCUUCCAUCUUGCAAAUAUUUGUCCUAACCCUACAAAGGAACAACUGGUUAACGCCGUCCAGCAACAUUUUUCUGCACAGAAAGUAGACGAGGUACAAGCGAUCGUGGAAUUCAUUCGCGCGGCCAAGAGACUGCGAUCAGUCGGCAAAGAUUGAGACUUUGAGACUGAGUACAGAGAGUUAGAUUGGCUCACUUCCUGUAAUAUAUAAUGUAUGUAGUAGGUACCCUUAAUGCACCCUAACGCUAGUUAGUUCACCUCUAAUUAUCGAACUGUUAAUGUAGAGACCCUGGCUGCGUCUGUGUUUGUGUGAGUGUUAAUCCAUGAUCUGAACUGAACUCCUAACCUUAUAUUAUGACUCAUUCAGCCAAUUAAUAUUAUGGCUCUCAGCUCCUCUAUUUUCAUCUGUA